AUGAGGAGAGGUCAUGUUUGCGAUACUAAGCAGGACGGGCGCUCUAGGGCAGUAGGUCAUGCAUGCGCGACAUGUCCAUGUGUGAUGUUGACAGGCGCGGUGCGUGUCGAUCCCCACCUGAUCGUCAUAAACCCACGCGUUGCACCUCCACAGCGUCCACAAUGGCUUGUCUUGCGGCAGAAAGCAUGUCGAUCAGCAGUCAACGAGCCACGGCCAGCCAUCAACGGCGGCCGGCUUGCGGGGGAUGCUAGAGCUGGCACGUUGCAGGCGUUCUGGGUGGUGAGGGACGGCGGAAAUCCGAGGAACGGGAGGACUAGCGGCAGCGGCAGGCUUGUGUGA